CUCUCCCUUGUCUUUUGUUUCUAUUACAUGUAAUGCCAUGAAAGAAUUUUCAAGAUAUAUUCCCUUACCCGUUCCCUAGUUUGGUUAAACCAACCUUCAAGUAGGUCUACCUGCACCCUUAUUAUAUUCUUCAUGCACUUUUAUUCAUCUUUCUCACUUUCUUUUUGAGGUUUUAACAUGGAAGCUACAGAUCAUGAUGAAGAGUUCUUGAAUUUAACACUUGCGAUCGACUCAAAUUCGAGUUUCGACAAGAAGAGGAAAGGAAUGAAAACAGAGGAGGUUCUGAUCGAGCCCAAAGAAGAGUGUGAAGGUAAAAUAUUAAACCUCCUUCAACUGAGAGAAGAUAUGUUGAAACUAGAUCACAAGAGGAAAGGUGUGGCUGAAGAUGGAAAAGGGCUUCAUUUGAUUCAUUUGCUCCUGAUCUCAGCCACUUCUGUCGAUGAAAAUAAGCUCGAUUCGUCUGUCGAGAGCUUGAGUGAGUUGUUCCAGAAUGUGUGCUUGUCAGGAGAUUCUAUCCAAAGGGUUGCAGCCUAUUUUGCUGAUGGCUUGGUGGCCAGGCUUCUUACGCGAAAAUCGCCUUUUUAUGAUAUGAUAAUGAAGGAACCUACUGCUGAGGAAGAGUUCUUGGCCUUCACUGAGCUUUACAAAGUGUCUCCUUAUUACCAAUUUGCUCAUUUUACAGCUAAUCAGGCCAUUAUUGAAGCCUUUGAGAAGGAAGAGGGGUAUAAUAAUAAUGCCUUGCAUGUUAUUGAUUUCGACGUCUCGUAUGGCUUCCAAUGGCCUUCCCUUAUACAAUCUUUAUCGGAUAAGACCACGAACAGCCAUCGGAUAUCUCUUCGAAUAACUGCCUUUGGAAGGAGCACUGAAGAAUUGCAUGAAACUGAGACAAGACUAGUGUGUUUUGCCAAGGGAUUCAGAAACCUGGUUUUCGAGUUUCAAGGAUUGUUAAGAGGUUCAAGUUUUUCGAACAUUAAGAGAAGGAACAAUGAAACACUUGCAGUAAAUUUAGUCUUUCAUCUCAACACUCUCACUAGCUUUUCGAAGAUUUCAGAUACCUUAAAAUCAGUCCAUUUCUUGAACCCUGCCACAGUAAUCCUAGUGGAACAAGAUGGUAGUAGAAAUCCUAGAAGCUUCUUAGCGCGAUUCAUGGAAUCUCUACACUAUUUUGCUGCAAUGUUUGAUUCUUUAGAUGACUGUCUACCCCUUGAUAGCGCGGAGAGACUUGGGAUUGAGAAAUAUCAUCUUGGUAGGGAAAUCAAAAGAUUUAUAAAUUUUGAAAAAGAUGUGACAAAUUGCAUGAAAUAUGAGAGGAUGGAAACAUGGAAAGGAAGAAUGGAAGGCCAUGGAUUUGAAGGGGUCAAGUUGAGCUCGAAAAGCGUAAUGCAGGCUAAGCUUCUGCUGAAGAUCAGGAGCCAGUAUUGUCCAGUGCAGUGUGAUGGAGAGAAUGGUGGAUUUAGGGUUUUUGAAAGAGAUGAGAACACAGCUAUCUCUCUGGGAUGGCAGGACAGGUGUUUGCUAACUGCCUCUGCAUGGCAUUGUGUGUGAUGGAUAUAUUUAUUGUUAUGUAUUCUUUUAACAUAUUGGUUCGGUUUUGUUGAUAAUCAUUUCAACAAUAAGUAAUAAUACAACAUUUAACAUA